AUGUUCGGAGACGGCUUUAUGGGUUUCGGAGCUUUUCUAGAAGAUUUCAGCUUCGGACGAGCUUCGGAUCGUCGUCUUCCUGAUUUCAGUCCCGGUGGGUUUCUUCAGAGUCUCGACACAGACCCAUUUCCGAAGAAUCAGUGUUACAAAACGAAUACUGGCGAUGCUCUCGAUCUCUGUAAGAAGCUUAACAAAAUGGGUAUCUCUUGUGACAUGAGUAUCUGGACCGAAGAGCCUGACCCGAGAGAUCUCCAUCGGUUUGACCAGAAUCUCGGUGGAUUCGAUGGGUUUCGUAACGUCUCUUCUGCUCGCCGGAGUUUUCUUCAAAACGCCUCUCAUGGAGUUUCUCCGGCAGAGCUUAGAUUGCUUGGCUUACAAGACUCUCCUCCUAACCCCAACGGAUUCAGAGAGAUGAUUUCUCUCAACAGUCACACAGAUUUUCUCUACAGACCCAUAAAGCGUUCGCCUCCUUGCUUUGGGAACGAUGCGUUCGAGGGCUCGUUCAUGUUUGAAGGAAGUAGAGUUUCUCAAACCCUAGCCGCCACGGAAGGAGGUGGUCGAGAGCUUAGAGCUUGUUCUUAUCCAGAGGAUAAUCUGAUCGGUCAAGGCUACUAUGGGAAGAUGAGAGCUUAUCUCAAGGAAGAUGAGGCAAAGUUUACAAGAAGAACAAGUGAUUUGCCACUGAAUCUAGCCUCCAUGAUUAGCAUCUACGGAUCUGUGGAUUUAAUGGCAAGAGAUCAGAUUGGUUGCAGAUUCUUGCAGAAGCUGGUCGAAGAAGGAAGGUUUCUUGAUGUAAAGGUUAUAUUCCCUGAAAUCCUUGGUCAUGUCAUCGAGUUAUCAAUCGAUCCCUUUGGAAACUAUCUCAUCCAGAGGCUUCUAGAGUUUGGCACAGAGGAACAAAGAACACUAAUGGUGAGGGUUUUGACCUCAAGACCAAUGGAUCUCAUCAAAAUCUGCCUCAACACUUAUGGGACAAGAGUAGUCCAGAAGAUGAUAGAAACGGUGAAAACGAAACAACAGAUCGAGCUGGUCAAGUCAGGUCUGAAACCUGGUUUUCUUACACUGGUUAAAGAUUUGAAUGGUAACCAUGUGAUACACACUUGCUUGCAGUCUCUUGGACCUAAUCAUAACAAGUUUGUGUUGGAUGCUGCUACAAAAUACUGUGCUGAGAUUGCAACUCAUCGACACGGAUGCUGUGUGCUUCAAAGCUGCAUUUCAAACUCUGAAGGAGUGCAACAUGAGAGAUUUGUCGCUGCGAUUGCAAGACACUCACUUCACCUCUCUCAGGAUCCAUUCGGGAACUAUGUGGUGCAGUACCUAAUAGAUCAAAAAGUACCUUCAGGGAAUUUGCUGUACCAGUUUAGGACGCAUUACGCGGAGCUAGCUGCUCAAAAGUUCAGUAGCCAUGUGGUGGAGAAAUGUCUGAUUAAUUAUCCAGAGAGUCGAGGUGAAAUAGUCCGCGAGCUUCUCUCUGUUCCAAAGUUUGAACAUCUCUUGCAGGAUCCUUUUGCAAACUACGUUAUCCAAACUGCUCUCUCAGUAACCAAGGGUUCUGUUCAUGCGAGAUUGGUGGACAAGGUUUAUAGGUGUGGGAAACUACGAUCCAGUCCUUAUUGCAAGAAGCUUUUCUCCAAGAACGUCUUGAAGAAAGGCAUUUGA